AUGUCCGGCCGAGGUAAAGGUGGCAAAGGGCUGGGUAAGGGAGGCGCUAAGCGCCACCGGAAGGUCUUACGGGACAACAUCCAGGGUAUUACGAAGCCCGCCAUUCGCCGUCUGGCUCGCCGUGGUGGUGUAAAGCGCAUCUCUGGCCUCAUCUAUGAGGAGACCCGGGGAGUGCUCAAAGUGUUCCUGGAGAACGUGAUCCGUGAUGCGGUGACUUACACGGAGCACGCCAAGCGCAAGACGGUCACGGCCAUGGAUGUGGUGUAUGCGCUGAAACGCCAGGGCCGCACCCUCUACGGUUUCGGCGGCUGA